CCGAAAUUGCUCAUAAAAUUAAUUGCGCUUGACCGUAGCAUUGGAGCACACGUGAGUUGCAGCGCAUAAAAUUGAAGAGUCAACAUUACAUUUAUAUGGUAAUGAAUACAACGCCAACAAGGAUUCAUUGAAGACGCGCAUAAAAGUGAAAGAAGCCAACACCUGCGAGGCUCCAAAAGUGAGUGUAUAUUUCUAUAAAAACCGACAACACAGGGAAUAUGAUGUCCUAUCAGCGGAGCUCAUUUCGACUGCUGCUCCUACUUAUUUUCCUGUGUAUUUGCGCGGAGUGUGAGAGCAAAAAGUGGCGAUCACACAUUAAAAAGAAGAGUAAUGCGCCCAAAAUAUCAGCCACCUUUCGCACCGUAAAACCGAAGCGUAAGGCUAUGACCAAACAUCAUGCAGCUCCUCCACACAAACGUCACCCGAAAAUGAACUACUAUCAUCCAUUGCCCACAAAGUGGCCCAGCCAUAUGGCGAGCGCAUUGCAGCCCACCUACUACAUGCCGUCGUCACAUUAUCCCCGCUGGCGUUCGUAUCACACAGCACCGUCGAAGUCGACUGCUCUCAAGAAAAUCGAUUUGUCGCCACCAUUCAUGUCGCUGCCCUAUGGUGGCUACUCAAUGCCAUUGCGUCGCUCUGAUGAUUUCGUUGCUGUUGAUGGCAGUAGCUUUGACAGCAGCGACGCUUUGCCGUCCACCUCUUUGGUGGACAUGAGUGCCUUCAAUGCUGCAAUGACUGAUGGUUUCUUCGAUGCUGACAUACCACAUUUGCCCGCUGGUGGUGAAUUUUUACAACCGGAAAUUUCGUUAGGCGGCUGGACACCUGUCGAUUACAAGUCAUUUAUGGCAGAUGCCGAUUUUAGUCUCCUGAACGAUCAGUUGGCUCUGAAUCGACGCCUGGAUAUGGAUGAACUUAUGUAUAGUAAUCCAUAUGAAAUGCAUUUUAUUUGAUUUCCAAGUUGGCGAAUUAAUAUUUAAAAUGUCAAAAUCUUCGGACAUGAGUUCAGUAAAAAUUAACCCUUGAAAUAUUCUUUAUGAAAUUAAUUUUAAAUUUACUUGUGUUUUUUCAUUAGUUAUAAAUAAAAUCUGAAUUAAUUUCUACUUUAAAAGAACUCGAAUGAGAAUUUAAAGUAAUUACCAUCCAAAACAAUACGCGAAAUCAAUGGACAUUAUACUAGUAUAUAUCAUAAAGGCAUACUUCCAAAAUGCCAUAAUAAAAUAAAAAUUAAGACAUUUUUUAAGAAUUCUUCAAUCGGACAUUCAAUUCAAC